CCUUCCUCUCAUUCUUUCAUUCUCUGCCACCUGGGUCAAUAAGCACUUUCUUUUACUCGUUCAUCGCAUAGAAUGUCCGUGUGCUUUGGUCAGUCUACGGGACACAAUGGACGGCUAUCAUGAUCUCCCCGAAGUACCUCGAUCGGAACCUUAUUUCCCCCCCUCAUCACAGGAUAUUCCUUCCUCCCCACCCUCAAUUGCCUCCGAUGUUGGCUUCCGACGCAAGCCCAGGAAGCCUCCUCCUGUCACUCCACGCUCAUUCAAGAGGUUUUUCACGCCUAGGUCUAUGCUAGGUAGCGGCAAUAACAACAAUGCAAGCGCAGUCAGGACCAACCGCCAGGCACUCAAAACACUUAGCUCGCCCGCUGUCAACCGCCUGGGUCCAGCCUUUACGAAGACUUUGAAGGCUAUUGAACACAGAUCCGAAUCCCCCGAACUCAUACGGACACCCAGCAAGAGACGGAAGCUCUCCUUUUCAUCAAUUGGCUCGCCUCUUCAGUCCUCACCUCUUAAAGAAGUCCAUGUCAGGGAGUCGGUCAAAUAUGACCAAGAGCUAGCCGCCCCAGUCCGGAAAUUCGAGUUGAAUGUGAGCAGCAUACCGGAGCAUGAGCCUAAGCUCACCACCUUCGCCUCUAAACCUCCUCGACAAGUUCCUCCGGUUCGUCGCUCACAGGCUUUGCAAACAUCGGGGGCGCUAUACAUGCGAAGUAUUUUGGGGAACCGCGCAAAUCGAAUUACGAUGCGAGCAAACUCCGGAGCUGGCUGGCAGGAUUUGACCUCGGAUUUCUACUCCCGCUCAAGUGACAGCCACAAUUGCGCUAGUGUUGCUGGCGAUCGCUAUGUUCUUCCGUUUUGCACGGCGACAUGCAACACAAAUAGUCUUGUUGCUGUGGGUGACGAGGAGGGUGGGAUCAGAUUGCUGGAUUCUGCCAAAGGCGAUAAGAACGGAUUCUCGCAAGCGUACCUUACCUUCCGUCCGCAUAUGAAUUCGAUUAUGGACUUGGAGUUCUCAUCCGAUGAUUUACUGCUCGCAACGGCUUCGGGCGACCAGACUGCGCUAGUCAUCGACAUGACCACCCAAACGCCGAUCUACUGUCUCUCGAAUCACGUCUCUUCCGUCAAGCGAGUCCAAUUUCAACCGGCGGCCAACAACAAGGUUCUGGCAACUUGCAGUAGAGACGGCAAUGUUAACAUUUGGGAUCUGCGAUGCAAAGGGUUUGACAAGCCCUGCUUACAAGUACAGUGCUCGCUUGAAUCCGAGUCAGAACCAUCCACUUCACCCAUCUCCUCCAAAACCACGUUUCCUCAGGUCAUGAACACCAUCCAUGGCGCGCAUGCAUGGAUGCCACAAACCGCUGCCGUCCCAGGCUUGGAACCCCAAAUCCGCCGCUCCGACAUCACUGUGACUUCGCUAGCCUUCCUCCCCCAAGGCCGCGAAAACCUGUUUGUCACUGCUUCCGAGGCCAAUGCCUGCGUGCGACUCUGGGAUCUACGCACGACACAUCACAAUCGGCGUAACCGACCUGUUCUCCCCCUCUCCACGACCCGGGAACCCGAAAGCCACGCCAAGUACAGACGCUUUGGUCUUACCUCGAUCACACUAGGCGGGGACGGCUCCCGACUUUACACACUAUGCCGCGACGGCACCGUCUAUACAUAUUCCACAUCUCACCUAAUUCUCGGCAAUGCCCCCGAGCUAUCCCUCAACAACAACCGCCCACGCCGCUCAGGCGGCUCCGACAAGGAAGGCCUUGGCCCUCUAUAUGGCUUCCGCCACCCUCGUCUGCAGGUGUCCUCGUUUUACGUCAAAGUCGGAGUGCGCAAAGCAGCCGGCGACAAACCCGAAAUGCUAGCGGUUGGAAGCAGUGAUCGCUGCGCCAUUCUCUUCCCCACAGACGAGAGAUUCCUCUCGAAUUCACCCGCCAGCUCCACCCCUCCAGAAACGGACUCACUUCCCGCCACUCCAUUCUCCACUCGUUCGGGCCUCCUUCGCCGCACCAACUCAGGGGUCGGCCUGUCCGGCCGACUAGAGGACACCGUUCCUAUCUAUCAAUCCGGCACUCCCCUAAUCGAAGGCCACUCCAAGGAAGUCUCCGCCGUUGCCUGGACCGUCGACGGCGAACUCGUCACGGUCAGCGAUGAUUACAGUGCUCGAUGCUGGCGAGAAGGCCCUGAGGCUCGGGAUCUACGCACAAGUGGUGAGACUGAGGGUAAACGCUGGCGCUGCGGGUGGGCGCAAACGCAGGACUCGUAUGACGACGAAGAUGAAUGAUUCUCCUUGUUCCUCUGUUGUUCUGUCUCAUUUCUUUCAGCGCUGUUCUUGCUUUUCAAUUUUUUCUCCAGCUCUCGGGGUGUGCAUUUUGUGGUGUUUCGGCCUAUAUCCAUGUCUAUGUUCAUUUUAGCGGGUGUUUUGUUUAUGUUUUGUCUGUUCUCUUCUUGUUCUUAGAAAGCUUGUUAUCAUGGCUUGUUCAUGAAAGCCUGUUGUUGCAAAGCAGGGAGCAGGGAGUUCUGCUCGGAUAGUCGAGGCGGCGGUAGUUGCAAUCUACCGGCGAUAGUGAAGCUAUCGAAAAUCAAAGCC